CGGGGGCGGUGCGAACGCUGAACUCAAUCCUGACUCUCAACCUGUUACUUCCAUCCUUUAUCUUCUCGUGCUACACAACCACUCGGGAGGCUCAUUCCAGUCUCAGUGCUAACAGUCGCGAAGCACGAUGGAAACAGGCCCAAAUGGGAACGCGCCACCUAAGGUGGACGAUGAACAGGCGCGACGCCAGAGAAGAGCGGCUCUGAAAGAGCUGAACGUGAAGCAGGCAGGGAAUGAGCCGACGAAGGCAUUGGAUUCUUCGCUGAAGAGGCACACUGCCUUGAUCAAACGUAUCCGCCAAUCGCUGAGUAUCGAGAAUCGCGACCAAAUCGUCAAGGAUAUAGAAACACUUUCGCUAGAGAAGUACGUGGAUGAACUGGCAGGUGCCGUUCCUGAAGGAAUCGCACGUUGCAAGACCGAGAAGGAUGUCUGGAGUGCCGCGGAGAUUAUCUCACUGCUUCAUCGCAGAUUCCCUAAGUCCUUCACACCGAGCCUUAUAUCCUCGCUGUCUGCAGCGUUAGCGCCACCCUCCCGUGCGGCUUUGGCAGCCCUCACCCCGGAGCAGCGCGAGAAGGAGGAUGUAACGCGAGUGUCCAGACAACGUCCAGUCCUACGUGUUUGCGCUGAGUUGGCGCUAGUUGGGAUUAUUCAAGAUGGCCCGGGAAAAAGUGGCGGGGAAUGGAUGAUGAAAGUCAUGAAGGAUCUUUUAUCCAAUGAUCCCACGCUCUCGUCGCUACCGCUGCUGUGUACAUUCCUAAAGUCAUUCGCUCGCCCGUAUCUCGGCAUCGUCCCGCCUCCUUCGACAAAGCAGAUUUCGUCCUCUGCUGAGCCUGGCACCCUUUCUUCUGUGACCACGAAUGAAGCCAAUGAGCAAGCAAAUGGAGCAUUUCCACUACUGAUGAACGAAGAGGAGGAGCUAGUUGAAAAGGAAAUCAGGGACAGAUUCAAGAAGAUGUGCGAGGGAUAUUUCGAAAGCGUCUCGAAGAAAUUAGUGCACGAGCAUGACCGCCUGCAAGAGCAGGACAGGCGGAAUCAUGAAGCAUACAUCCGCUCUGGAGAGAUCUUCGAGGAUAGGCAGCAGGCAUACGAGAAGAUGACCAGGAAUUACGAGAAGCUGCUUCAGAACUGUCAGAUCCUGUCCGAGCUACUCUACCUUCCAAUGCCUACACUCAAGACCGCUGCUCAGAAGUCCGAAUCGAUCCUCAUCGGCACAAACACCGGUAUCGGCGGGGUAGGCAUGGAGAUAGAGACUGUGACGGGUGGGAAGUGGGAGGAUGAGGAAGAGCGGCGAUUCUUUGAGGAUAUCCCGGACCUGAAGAACUACGUUCCUCGCAAUGUGCUUGGAGUCGAGAGCGAGGCUGACGAGGGCACGGAAGGGGAUAGCAAGGAGAAGGAGGAGAAGGAGAAGGUGGAGGAGCAGGUGCGGAAGCUCGAGGAGGAAUUAGCCGGGCUGAAAGUCGCCGAAGAGGGAGAAAUGAACGGAGAUGUCACUGCCACUGAGGCGAAUAUUGAGGAAGGAGCUCAGAAGGACGAAGACGAAGACGAUGCUCCGACACCAACUCCCGGCACGCCCAAGACAUCGCCUCCGUCUACCCCACAGCUUGCGCCACAAGGCCCAUCUCAGCUGCUUACGGCUCUCCUCGCGCGAUUGCCUGACACUACAAAUCGCACACUGAUUGAUCAAGCAGCUGUCGACUUCGCCUUUCUGAACUCGAAGGCGGCUCGCAAGAGGCUCAUCAAAUUCAUGAGCCAAAUACCGAAGAGCCGGUCGGAUUUGCUGCCACACUAUUCAAGGCUCAUAGCCACACUGAACAAGUAUAUGCCGGACAUCGGCAGUGAGGUUGUAGCAAUGCUCGACGAAGAGUUCCGUUAUCUGCAACGUAAGAAGAAGGUUGUCAAAGAGCUGACAGAAGUCAGGCUCAAGAAUAUCACGUUCAUCUCGAACCUCACGAAGUUUGGAGUAGUACCGCCCCAUCUCAUUUUGCACAUGUAUAAAGUGUGCCUGGAUGACUUCUCUGGUACGAAUGUGGACAACCUUGCUCUACUCCUGGAAGGCUGUGGCCGAUACCUGCUCAGGAAUGAGGAGACCAGAGAACCUUUCAGCAAGAUGUUGGAGUUGAUGCGUCGCAAGCAGAGUCUACAGCACUUCGACCAGAGACAACAAUUAUUGCUGGAAAACGCGUAUUACCAGGUCAAUCCUCCGGAGCGUGCCGCGAGGCAGGCGAAGGAACGCACCCCCAUGGAGCUAUUCAUCCGACACCUCAUUUACGACGGUCUCACAAAGAAGACCAUCGACAAGGUGCUCAAGUUGAUCCGCAAGCUCGACUGGAAUGACCCCGUAGUCGUGGGCACCUUGCACAAGGUUUUUACGAAGCCGUGGAAAGUCAAAUACGGCAACAUCGCGCUCCUCGCGAUGCUCACAUACGACCUGCAGCGCUAUCAUCCUGCAUUCGCUAUCGCGGUGGUUGAUCAAGUGCUUGAAGAUGUCAGGCGCGGGUUGGAGCAGAACGUUUACAGCAUUAAUCAGCGACGCGUGGCCACAGUGAAGUAUCUCGGAGAACUGUACAUAUAUCGGCUGGUUGGUUCUGGGAUCAUUUUCGAUACACUGUGGACUUUGGUUACCUUUGGUCAUCCCGAAGGACGUCCCAUGCCAACGCAGCCAUGCCCAGUUGACAUGCCAGACGACUUUUUCAGGAUCCGCCUCGUUUGUGUAAUCCUGGAUACUUGCGGGAUGUGCUUCGAUCGUGGCACGCAGCAGAAGAAGCUCGACAACUUCAUCACAUUCUUCCAGCUCUAUGUCCUGUCCAAGGCUCCUCUUCCCAUGGAUGUUGAGUUCAUGCUGACCGACUCGAUAGAGGCUAUUAGACCCAAAUUAAACAUGUUCAAGACAUAUGAGGAAGCUGCUAGUGCGGUGGAUGAUAUGUUUGCCACUGCCUUUCAGUAUGCGGGCCUUACCACUGGUGAAGGGGAAGAAAGCGGCGAAGAUAGCGGAGACGAAGAGGAACGACAUGACAAGGAGGACGAAGACGAAGAAGAGCAAUCUCAGCUUGAAUCCCCGCUGGAUGAACGCGCACAAUCGCCCGAAGCAGUGAUUCUGAAGUCCGCUCAGGAGAGCUUUGGCCCGUCCGAGGAGGAUGAGGCAGAAUUCGCUAAGGAGUUUGCCAAGAUGGUCACUGAUACUUCCGCGGAGUCGAGGAAGGUUGAUAAGAAGACUGCAUUGGCGCUCUGGGAGUCUACUGUCCCUCCUCCGGUCUUGCGUAAGAAACGAAACGAGAAUGAAGAUGAGACUGAAGGCAGCUCUGCGGCGAAGGAACCAGGCGUCAUGGCAUUCACCUUGUUCACGAAGCGAGGUAAUAAGCCUCAGACUCGCCAGAUUGCUAUACCUGCUGAGUCUGCUUUGGCUGUUCAAACUCGUACUGCUCAACUACAGGACAAGGUCGAGCAGCAGCAAUUGAAGAAGCUUGUCCUUGAUUACGAGCAACGCGAGGAAGCCGAAGAGUUGAAGGCCCUCGAAGCUCGCAACCGCAAUGGCGCAAUCAAGAUACGAUAUGUUGGCUGAUGACAGCAUGACGCUGUCAUAUCAGUCCACCUAAAUGGUGAUAAAGCUGGCAUUGCAAAUGCCCGCGCUUGCCUUGGGUGUUCCGUGCAUUCUUCAGAAUCUGCUGCAUGAAUGUGCCAUCCAGUGGAGGUCCUAUCAUAUCUUCCUUGCUGACUGAGUUGCCUCCUUCUUGGUGUGGUGCACUGUAUAGCACACUGCUAUCAGCAUGCUGGGCUGCUCAUAUUCGUCCCGCGUCAGGCUCUAGGUGUCGCUGCAGUGCCGCGCAGCCUGACUACGCGGUCCGACGUUACGUGGGCGCGGUACGCCUGCCUGUCGGGAUGUAGUAUCAGCAUACCCUUCGUUGUACUCUCCACGGACAACUUCCACCAUUAUCCUGUAUUAUUACUGUUCAUCGAUUUCUGUGAAAUAUAAAGGGACUCUGUGGCUUCUAUCCGAA